UUAGGAGAGCUUCCAAAUCUCGAUCCAGAGGGCAAAUUUAUUGUAUCUACACGAAUCAGAUGUGGACGAUCCCUCGCAGGAUAUCCGUUUAAUCCGUGUUUGACCGAGAUCAACUACAAAAACAUGGAGAAGAGGAUGCAAGAUAUUUUCUCAACGAUCAAGGACGAUGAGCUAAAGGUGACAUAA